ACCCGAUAGAAUGGAGGGAUGAGGCAGGCGAGGAGCGAGCAACAACAUGCAGGCGGAGGUCUCCUGAUGGAGAGGAAGGCAGCAAGUCACGAGCUACUUCUCUGCCUCUGACGGGUGGAGCUGGUGGGAUGGGUGCGGGUAGAUCCGUGCAGAGGGUCGCAGCGGUGGAGGCGGAGGAUAGCGGGGGCGCGAGGGAGCGGAAGGCAGAGAAGGUGAAGGAGAAGAAGAGCAGGAGCAGAGCCCGACAGACGUACGUGGACGUGGAGGACGACCAUGUCGCCCUCCCCCAGCACCUCGUCCUCGGGCAGGACAUGGACGAGCGAGGCCGCUUCAUCAAGAUGACGAGACGUCCGCUCAUGUCGCUCAUCAGCAGUGAGGGGAGCAGCCUUCCUGGUCUGCCUGCUGGACUGCGGACGGAUGGCUUCUACUUCCAGCCACAUCUGCCUGCAGGGGAGGAGGAAGAGAAGGAGGCAGGCGGCGGCUCGGGGUCGGAGAGGAGAGUUCAGGUUGUGAAGCCACUUGGAGGAGGAGGCGAGCGAGUGUACUACGUCAUCGAGAAACCCUCGAGUCCUCAAGGAGACCCGUAGAGGACAAGAAGGGCCAGGCGGCUCCUCCCUCCUCUUUGCUCCCUCACGCUCCUUCAUCCUGCUCCUUUCUUCUUUCUGCUUCCUCCCUCUUCAAUGUCUGCGGGUCAACUCCCAGCCUGAGAGCAAAAAGUCAGGGAGGGGGGCGAGCGGAGGUCAGGAGGAGAGGAGAAGCUCGUGAUCGCUUGUCCGCACCUCUCGCUCUCAGCAUCGCCUUCCUUCAUAGUGAAUACUACUGUCCAGUAGCCCAUGGACCCUCCUGCGUCUCUCUUGCUCUGCAUUGUAGCUACUUUA